AACCCGGAAGUGGAACUCUCAGCCUUUCAGCCUUGGGCUGAAGACGGAGGCGGGUUCUGGAGAGACGUAGGCUGUCAGGGAGUGUUUGCUUCGCCUCCACUUCUGUUCCUCCCAGCCCUGAUGCUGCUCCGGGUCACAUACUCGGCCUAAGCCGGCUUCAGCCUCUCCAGGCAGAAGUCUCCCGGAGCCAUGGCCGAGUACUCCUAUGUGAAGUCUACCAAGCUCGUGCUCAAGGGAACCAAGGCGAAGAGUAAGAAGAAAAAGAGCAAAGAUAAGAAGAGAAAAAGAGAAGAAGACGAAGAAACCCAGCUUGAUAUUGUUGACUGGGUGGCCGGGCAGAGGCGCCCCUCACUUCUAACCAGGCGGGGCGGCCGGGCAGAGGCGCUUCUCACUCCAGUCUUUCAAAAUGGGAAAAUGGCUUUAUUGGCCUCAAAUAGCUGCUUCAUUAGAUGCAAUGAGGCAGGAGACAUAGAAGCAAAAAGUAAAACAGCAGGAGAAGAAAUGAUCAAGAUUAGAUCCUGUGCUGAAAGAGAAACCAAGAAAAAAGAUGACAUUCCAGAAGAAGACAAAGGAAGUGUAAAACAAUGUGAAAUCAAUUAUGUAAAGAAAUUUCAGAGCUUCCAAGACCACAAACUUAAAAUAAGUAAAGAAGACAGUGAAAUUCUUAAAAAGGCUCAGAAAGAUGGAUUUUUGCAUGAGAUGCUUCUGGAUAGGAGAGCCAAAUUGAAAGCUGACAGAUACUGCAAGUGACUGGGAUUUUUGUUUCUGCCUUAUCUUUUUGUGUUUUUUUCUGUGUUUGGUUUUUUGUCCUCGCGACAGUUGGCUGAGAAUGAUGGUUUCCAGCUGCAUCCAUGUCCCUACAAACGACACGAACUCAUCCAUUUUUAUGGCUACGUAGUAUUCCAUGGUGUAUAUGUGCCAUAUUUUCUUAAUCCAGUCUAUCAUUGAUGGACACUUGGGUUGGUUCCAAGUCUUUGCUAUUGUGACUAGUGCUGCAAUAAACAUAUGUGUGCAUGUGUCUUUA